CUCCACAGGUAGAUAUAAAUUUAUGGGUUUGUUCGGAUCAUUUUUUUUUUGUCUAAAAUUUGGUCUAAAUUUUGCCAACAUUUUUGCCCAAAUUUUUGUCAAAUUUUUUUCCGCUUCUCACUUUUGAAGCAGAAGGGGAGUUGUCUUUAUCCCACCCGGGCGCGUUUCAUCCGAUCUAAUCGACUCAAAUGGGGAUCGUGCGAAUGUCUCCAAUUCGAGUUCGGCCUAAUCGAAAAUUAGUCCUUUCUUUGAAGGAAAGAAAAAAAUUAUUUCUUAAAACUCACUGAUGUGGAGCAAAAAUAAUCAGAAGGAUAAAUUUUUUACAAAAAAAAAAAAUACAAAAUGCAGGACUGCUACCCGCUGAAGCCGAUUCUGUUUUAUCCGCUAACGUUCCUAAUUAGGAAGGACUCCCCAAAAAAGAAUUCCUUAUCGGGGGAGAGAAAAAUUGCAAAGGAUGAAGAAAAAAGGAAGACCUUCUCGGUUUUCACCUUUUCUGACACGGUUCUUUGUGCGUUGGUCCUCUCUUUGUUCUACGCCUUGAUACAGAAUGUACAUUGCCCUGGAUGGCCAAGCGAGAGUCACCACGAAGUAGGAAGUCUAUCGAAUGGCAGGAGGUGGAGAAAUCUGUCUGGACGCAUCCCAUCUCACGUGAAGGGAUUCAGAAGACCCCAUUUAAUGGAGGAUGGAGAAAUGGUCUUUCAGUCAAAAAGGGGUAGAAGCAGAGGUAGAGAGCGAGAUACAGACCUGUCACCAGAAAUUCAAAAAAUUUAUAAAGAUGUGGAAAGAAGUUUCUCGAAAAGGUAUACAAAAGUGUUAACUGAAAAGGAGAAAAAAAGAUGGAUAAAAAAUGUGAUGCUUUUUAAAAAUCAAAACUCACUCGAAAUGACUGAUGAGGAAUUGAGCGAUAGGAUUGAUAAUUUAAAAGGACCUGUAGAUACUAAGACCAUGCUUUUUGUGUGGAAUUAUGUACACGAUCAUGAGAAGCAAAAAUAUAUUCACAUGGUGGAAGGCAUGCGAGACACACGUAGAAGGUUGGCUGACUAUUACAAUGUCCCCUGGGAGUACGAAACGGAGAAAUUUAGAUACGUUCACGAUAAAAUGAUAAAAAUGUUAAUGAAAAGAGAAGAAUUUGAAAUUAAGAACAUCAAGAAAUUUGCUACUGAUGGGCCUAUAUGUGCCAGGUGGGAAUUUCAGAGGUACCUAAAACUUAAGCGGAGGUCAUGGGCCGAUUUUACGCAGCGCAUGGAAAGAAAAUGGACCAAAAAGUUGCAGCACUCGUUUAGGAGCCAUAUAUUCUUGGGCAUCUGUUGUGUGUAA